AAGGGGAAGAGGAAAGAAGAAAAAGGAAGAAGAAGAAGAAGGGCCAGAGGAGAUCGGCGUGAGAGAGAGAGAGAGAGAGGAAACUGAAAAAACGCAGCGUUUCAGUUCAAUUUUCUUGAUAGUGCUGAAAAAAAUGUUUAAGAACACCUUCCAGUCUGGAUUUCUGUCCAUCUUAUACAGCCUUGGGAGUAAACCUUUGCAGAUAUGGGAUAAAGAAGCUGCCAGUGGCCAUGUAAAGCGACCACAGGAUGAAGACAUACAAUCUAACGUCCUUGAAAUAAUUGGAUCAAAUAUCCAGUCAACUUAUAUCACUUGCCCGGCUGAUCCAGCUGCAACACUUGGUAUAAAACUACCAUUUUUGGUUAUUAUUGUGAAGAAUCUAAAGAAAUACUUUACAUUUGAGAUUCAAGUCCUGGAUGAUAAGAAUGUCAGGCGGCGUUUCCGAGCUUCUAAUUUUCAAGCUGUAACUCGUGUGAAACCUUACAUCUGCACCAUGCCGCUGAGGAUGGAUGAGGGCUGGAAUCAAAUUCAGUUGAAUCUUGCUGAUUUUACCAGGAGAGCAUAUGGAACCAACUAUGUUGAGACACUGCGUGUUCAGGUUCAUGCAAACUGCCGUCUGAGGAGGAUAUAUUUCUCAGACCGCCUGUACUCGGAAGAAGAACUCCCCCCAGAGUUUAAAUUGUAUCUUCCAAUGCAGAAAGCAUGACAAAUUUCAUGAAAGGAGAGCUCCAGAGCCAUCAUGUCUGAAAGAGUUGUCUGGGAUUCUAUAUCUGCCUCUCAUUCUCUGCCAACUCACAUGUUCUAUCUUCUUUGAAAACUUAUGACACACAAUGUGGUAAAAAAAUCCUGGAACUGAAGUACCAGCUUACCUGUUAUUAUCUGAACUUGCAAUUAAGCAUUACUAGGCUUGAUUUUAUGCUUUUUUAUACUAGUGAAGAUCUGCCUUUUGGAUCUUUGUUAAUGGCCUUCAACAUUGUGAUAUGUGUGUAUCAAACUAAAGGUUUUUUUUGCAAAAUGGUGGCUGCAAAUCAUCAAUGCUUCUGGUCUC